AUGAAUCAAUUGAAAAAUUUAAUGUAUAUAUGUAAGAGAGGUUAUAAAAGUCGUGGUCCUCAGAGAAUAAGUAUUCCAAAAAUUCUACGUGAUGUAGGUGACAGUAAAACUGAAAGAACUCUUUAUCCUGAUAUUAAGGAUACUGAUAUUAAAAUCGAUGAAGAUUAUACUGAUCCUGAUUUCAAUGAACCUGAUUUUACAUUAGCUCACAAGUCAUACGAUGAACACAUGAGAGAAUCGUACGUUGAAAAACAAAAAUUGAAGGGAAGAAUUGUUGCACAAAAAUUAUUCAAGUCUGAUGAUCCAAAUUUUGUCACAUGGGCUGAAAGAGAAUUAAUGAGGAAGCUGCAUUUAAAAGAUAGCGAUGAAUGGAGCCCUGAACAACUUAGUGAAUCAUUUCCUGCAUUACCAAGGACAAUUAAAAAACUAUUAAAAUCUAAAUGGCUCCCGAGAUCAACUGAAAGUGUUGUAAAUUAUGAUGAAAAAGUUGUUGAAAAUUGGAAUCAAUUUAAAGCUGGAAAUUUAAAUUUAGAUCCUCAGCUUGCAAAACAUUUAGAAAAAUUCAAAGGUCGCAAAAUUAAUGCUGAGGAACUGAAAAAAAUAGCGGAAAAUUUUGUUAGACCACCUCGAGUUUUUCCAAAACCAAAAAGCAAGUUUUUUACAAGCAUUGUACAGGAUUAUAUAGAAGCAACAAAAGAUAAAGACGAUAAUGAUCCUCCAAAAAUUACUGAUGGAAAAAACAAAAUUAAAAAAAAGAGUAUCGUUGAUAUGACAUUAUUCUUGUCAUCUAAUAAAUUUAAUAAGAAAGAAAAAUAUAAAACAUACGAUAAAUUUCUCGAGGAAAAUGUUAGUGACGUUGUUGGUAAACAGAAUUUAAACCUUGAAGAGCAAUUGCUUGUCAAUGAAUACAAAGAACAAAAAAAUAGAGCAUCAGUUUCUGAUCGCUCGAUCACACAUGUGUCUGUAGAAAAUGAAGAGAGCUCCGUAGAAGUAUCAAACAAACCUGCUGAAGUCCAGGUUACUAAUGUACCAGUACCCAAGUUUGAUAUUAAUGAAAGCAGUAUGGAAACUGGAAUUCUGGAAUGGAAAAAGAAAGAAUUAGGGACAGAUGAUAAUCAUCCAAGAUUUAUUAAAGUACCACGUAAAAAAGCUAACUCUGGAGUAACUUUUAAAGUUAAGGAUUGUUAUUAUGAUAGUGAUGGAGAAUUUAUGUACAAGAUACCCGGUUUAAGAUCAUAA